AAAUUGCCUUACGGAUCACCUUUUUCGCCCUAACAUGCCAAUUCCUCCACGCCAUGACUCACGCUUAUUGUGCUAGGCAGGGCGAGCUCAGCGCAGCAGCACCACAGGUGGCCUUGGUUGGGUGAGAAGGUUCCCGCCAGGCUAGGCAGUGGAGCGCCGCACAGUGCGCCUACCCGCCUCUCAGCCGCCGCCCAAGCAGUUCCGACCUAGCGCCAGCAGGCCUGCUAGGUCGAUCUUCGAGCCGAAGAUGCGGCGGGGGCUGGAAGAUGGCUCUGUCUGGGGGGCUGCGGUGCUGUCGCCGGGUACUGUCCUGGGUGCCAGUGCUCGUUAUUGUUCUCGUCGUGCUCUGGUCCUAUUAUGCCUACGUCUUUGAACUCUGCCUGGUGACUGUUUUGAGCCCAGCAGAAAAAGUUAUCUACCUCAUACUCUACCAUGCCAUCUUUGUGUUCUUUGCCUGGACCUACUGGAAAUCUAUCUUUACACUCCCACAGCAGCCAAACCAGAAG